AUGUCCGCACAAUCCCCUAAAGCCAAAAAGCCCGAGCAGCCCGAGCAGCCCGACCAGGCCCCAGCCUCCCAGACCCAAGCUGAUCAAGUCCCCGCCAAACGCAAGGCAACGGACCAACCUCAAGACGAGCGGCCCCCGACACGACGCGGCACACUGCCUUUCAUGUGGAAUUUAACUACCACGCCUUCUCUACCCAUUUUCGACGCCGGUUCGACACCCGUUGGGUCUGACGACGAGUUGAGAGAUGAGCUUCAGGAGACCGAGGAGGAGCUGCGUGAGGUGAAGAAGAAGAUUGAGCGCUGCUUGGACGUCUUCAAGGAGAUAGAAUGGGCAGUGGUGCAUCAUCACAGACUUGUGCAUCAGGCGCUCGAGGAAAUUGAGAGCGGGCGCGCCGGAUCGGCUGGCACACUUGGUGACUACAAGCCAGGCCAACUUCCGCUGUAUAUAUUGGACAAGUCCCAGAUGGAUCUUGGCGAUAGUGUUUAUGGGUUGAAGGAGCUCUUCGAAGAGAUCUUGGAGGAGGGAGAGCUCGGGGAGUAAUCAGUCAUGGUAUGGUCUGGCCUUCGUCCUUGGGAGAGGAGGUCUGUUGUUAGAGGUAUGAAGAUACCGCGAUAAGGCUCGGCCUCGGUGUCCUGCCAAGAUGACAAGUUUUUGGGGAGUUUGAAAGCCUCAUUCGGGCCAUGUAGCUCAAGUGAUAUGGCGGUUGUAUUAUUACUGUAAUUUC